AUGAAGCCAAAAGCAUCCUUGCCCCCAAAGUACACCCUGGAGCUUCUCACGGUGUACGCCUGGGAGCAGGGCAGCGGCAUGGAGGAUUUUGACACUGCCGAAGGCUUCCGGACCAUCCUGGACCUGAAUGCAGUGAUCUAUGAUGAUGUGCAUGUCAACUUCACUUGGGAAGAAUGGACUUUGCUGGAUCCUUCCCAGAAGAGUCUCUACAAAGAUGUGAUGCUGGAGACCUACAGAAACCUCACUACUAUAGGAUACAGUUGGGAAGACCAUAAUAUUGAUGAACAUUGUCAAAGUUCUAGAAGACAUGAAAGGCAUGAAAAAAGUCAAACUGGAGAGAAAACUUCUGUAUAUACUCAAUGUGUUAAAGACUUUGCAUGUGACAGUCAUCUUCACAGGCAUGAAAAAACACAUACUAGAUUGAAACCCUAUGAAGGAAAUGAGUGUGGUAAAGCCUUUUCAUAUCACAGUCAUCUUCAAAUUCAUAAAAGAACAUACACUGGAGAGAAA